AACCCCAUUUCUCUAUCUUUGCUUCAUAAUCGUUCUUGUUGUUUUCUAGCUGCUACUCAUUUCCUUUACUUGGGUCACAUUAAUAGCUUAUUUCUUCACUUCAAUUUUCUGUCUUUCGAAACUAUUUUUGGUCGGCUUUUGGUUUAGGGGGAGGUGUGGAUAUGCAAUCUCAAGAGGGAUUUUUGGGGUUUAAUGAUAGCCAAACCUUGAUCAUGAAAGGCAAGCGUACGAAGCGCCAAAGGCCGGCGUCCCUGUUCGGUGUCAUGGUGACUUCUAGCUCAUCAAGUGGCGGAGGAGGAGUGGCAGAGGAAUACAACUCGAUUUCCUCUCCGACUACAACGUCCGGUGAUCGGAUUUACGAGAGCACCGAGGAAGAAGAGGAGAUGGCUAAUUGCCUAAUCCUGUUGGCACAAAGUGAUGGUCCGAGAAGGAACGUGGAGUUUUAUGUGUACCAGUGCAAAACUUGUAACCGAUCUUUCCCUUCUUUCCAAGCACUAGGAGGGCAUAUGGCAAGCCACAAGAAGCCGAAAAGCGCCAUCGAGCACAAAAAACCACUAGUUUUGGCAGUCGAUGAUGCAGUCAUGGCUGAACGAUUAAGUAACAAAAAGGGUAAUAAGAUUCACGAGUGUUCCAUAUGUGGCUCCGAGUUCACGUCUGGUCAAGCUCUUGGAGGUCACAUGAGAUGGCACAGGGCGGCAGCAACCGCUGCCGGAACCGAUCAACCCGGAAUGAAUGCCGAUCAAAUCAGCAUUAAUACCGCAAGCAAAUCCAACAAGCCAUUGUUGGAUCUUAAUCUUCCGGCACCAGAAGAUGAUCUCAGAGAUUCCCAGUUUCAAGCUAUUGUUUUCUCCACACCAGCUUUGGUAGAUUGUCAUUACUAAAAUGAAAAAUCCUAUGAAAUCGAAGUCAAUUUCACAGUUAGUGUUGAUUCAACAACUCCAUGUAAUUUUACAGUUGAAUACCUUUGAGUAAGUGGUUAGCAGUGUUGAUGGUUGCCUUUCAUUCACGAAAAGAGAGGGGG